AGCUUAUCGGCUAGUUUUAACUAGCCUCAGCAGCGGGAGCCCGUGUAACGUUCCCUAGUCCGUCCGAGCUGCGCUUUAGCCCGGUGAGCCAAACCAUGUUCAGAGCCGCCCUUCGACUCUCAGUCCCCGGUGCUCGGAGUUUAACAAGGUCACGGCCACAGUAUACAGCUUCACUAGCUGCUCGUUCUUAUUCCCAUGGCAAACAGGAGACAGACGAAGAGUUUGAUGCCCGCUGGGUCACAUACUUUAACAAACCAGACAUUGAUGCUUGGGAGCUGAGGAAAGGGAUGAACACCUUGAUCGGUUACGAUUUGGUACCUGAGCCUAAGAUCCUGGAUGCAGCCCUAAAAGCCUGUCGGAGGUUAAACGAUUUGGCCAGUGCCAUCCGCAUCCUUGAAGCAGUCAAGGACAAAGCUGGCCCACACAAAGAGAUCUACCCCUACGUUAUCCAACAGCUUCGACCUACCCUUGAUGAGCUUGGAAUCGCGACACCUGAGGAACUUGGCAUUGACAAAGCAUAGAUGUCUGCUGUUGUGAGUCUUCCAAUGGACUGCCGCUCCUGUCUGGACUGAGUAGACCACUGUACUUAUAGUCUUUGCCCUGUGUCAUGAUGUUUGUGUUAUAUUUAAUUGGCCUUUAUUAUGUUCUUUUGCUUGUAAAAUAUCGAUGGACCUAAUAAAGGGAGGUAUAUCUUUA